AUGCCGUCCACACCAGUCCGUCCUCUCUCAAACCACCUGGUGAUCAACACCCACAACCUCUCCCAGGCACACAACAGAGGUUCGCCCAGAUCCGCCACCUCAAGAGAUUCCUUGAACGCCCUCAAGGAAUCCAACAAACCCCCCAUGGACAAACGACACAGUUUCGGACCGUCCUCCCUCAGCCAUAGUCACCUCCUCUCUGCCGGAGGAAACUCACCCAACGGAAACGGGAACCAUAACGGAAACGGUGACAAUAUCAAUGGCCAUGCCAUGUUCCAUGGACACCUCGGUCAUAGCCAUUCUUCUCGGCCGCGGCAGAGCUUGGCCCUGACUCUCCUCAGGGUUCUGUCUAUGGGACCUGGCUUCCUCGGACUUGUCUACAGUAUUAACGUCGCAAGAGACUCCCAGCUCUUUGGCAGUAUUCAGGAGCAACAGGACAGACAGUUCUCUCGGGAUAAUGGCAUGGACGACGGCAUACCCUUGACUCGAUCCGACUUUUGGAUAGCCAGCAUGUACUGCGGUCUAUCGAUGUACUGGGCUUUCCUUCUCACAACGGCAUUCACCCAACGUCUGUCGCAGUCUUAUCGUGCUCCCAACGUCGUCCUCAGGAUCACCCUUGCACACUUGUUGAGCUGGGUCCUAAUUGGCAUCAUCAUUCAGUCAAGACCCCCUACUGAGCCUAUCCGUCCCUGGGUCAUCAUUACAUUUGGUCAGGCCCUUCUCCUGUUUGUGAUCACAUACCUCCCUUGGUGCAGGACUCAGAUGAAGCUAGCGGGCUUCCCAACCAUCUCUGACCGAUUUGUUACUAAUCCUCUCGAGGACGGAUUCAUGGGACGUGAGAUCAACGGACAGUCUGUCACUCGCUUCCUCGUUCUCCCUCUGGUCAUCGUCGGCAUGUGCUCGUGGAUGUUGAUCAUUACUCGAGGACAGCACAGUCCCGGCCAGGACUAUGCCCAACAAGGACAAUGGCAGCAGGAACAUGGCACCCAAGGAGGCGUCAAUGUUCAGGAUCCUCCCGCCCCCAUCAUCAAGCCAGUUACCCCAGGCAGCCUUAACACCUUCCUCAUAGACCGCGAGCAGGACGACCGUAUGGUUAUUUGCAUGAUUGUGCUCUCCUCUGCCACCCCUCAGGGCUUCCGUAACCGCCAAUUGUUCCGCGAGACGACGUUGAAGCUUCUCCCAAGUCCCCGCAACAAGGCCGUCAUUGUCAAACACCGCUUUAUUAUCGGAACUGGCAUUACAGUGAAUGUGCAGGAUAUUGAGCAGGAACACAAGAUGACAAACGAUCUGUUGAUUGUCGAGGCCCUCGACACUGCGGACGGUAAGAGUGCCAAGUUGUACGACGCCAUCAAGUGGGCCGACCAGCUGGACUUUGACUACCUAGUCAAGACCGAGGAUGAUGUUCUUGUUCGCAUGGAUACCUUGUCUGGCGAGCUUUACAAGCAAGGCAAGAAGGAGUUCUUCUGGAAGGGCCUCGUCUUCAAGAAUGUUCCAAAUACUCGGUUGGACGAUAUGGAUUUGAGGGAAAUGCCAAAGUUCACGGACGGGACAUUGACGACUCUCUCGAGGGACAUUGUUGCAUUGUUGGCUAUCCCCGCACCCCGCUACUUUGUUGCCAGCAGCGCCCAGUCCCUCGGAAUCUGGCUUCACGGAUACGGAAUCAAGCCCGUCCACGACACUCGCAUCCAGUCCGGCGCAUUUGUGUGUGAGGAAGAUCUGGUCGCCAAGCACUUUGACAACGAGCCUAGUCUUACGUCUCAGCCACGCGAUGAUCCCAUCAAGAUGGUGGAGAGGAUCAACCGGAUCCGAGCAGAGCUCAAGAGGAACAAGGACAACCGCAACUUUAGGACUGAGAUCUCAAUCUGUGAUAGCCGUAUCCAGAAGCGGUGUGCAAUGUGCUACUCGUGCCAGGGUCGUGCUUCGAACUGGAAGCAGAUGGGCUUCGAUUGUAAGCCAGGUGGCGUUAUUGUGGGCGACAAGUACAGGAAACCAGAGCUCAUUGACGCCAAGCAGAUGGAAGAGUUGCUCAACCGACCCCCGACCGGCGUGUCGGACGAGCUCGAGAUGGCUCAAUUGAAGGAUUACCGUCCUGAAACCCGAGCACGGAUACAGGCCGAGCAGGAGGCACAGCGUCAGGCAGAACUCGAACUUCAACAACAGAACGAGUCGGCAGGAGAGGGAGACGAGGAGAGUGAAGAAGGAGAUGGAUCUGAGGAGGGCAAUGAGGAAGAAGGAUCUGAGGAGUCAGGAGCAGAGAACGAGGACGACGAGCCCAUGACCUCGCAGGACGAGGAAGAGGCCUUGGACGAGUCUGAAGAGGAGGGUCAGGGUCAGCAGCAAGAUGCGGGACAUGAUGACCACGACGAGUCCGAGAUGCCUAUUACGGACCAGGAGGUUGACUUUCUUGAUCGUCGCAAUGACGAAGAGACUCUUCAUCCUGUAGCGAACAAGAAGAAUAAGAAGUCCAGCGGCAGCAGCAAGACAAAAUCCAAGGCCAACAACAAUAACAAGUCCAAGCGCAGGGCAUAG